AUUCACCAUUUGAAAUGGCAUAUAUAAGCAUAUUUUGACUAUCUUCUUGGCUAACUGAGUUGAAGCGGGAGUUGACGUGGACUGGCGGGAAACGGCAAAGUCAUCGAUUCAUAUCUCUAUUCUCUACCAUUCAUUUUUCAAGUCCCCACGCAGACCGCGUAUUACCGUGUACCGCACCAAAUUACACCCGAAAUGAACAAAGAAAAAGUGAGGCCAAUAAACUGCUGAAGGUGCACCAGCCCUUCGUUUCCUAUCUUCAAAAACCAAGAAGAGGAAGAAAGAACAGAACUUCCAAAACCCCUGCAGAGCCUUUUCAGCUUCUCGAGUCAAUCAGCUAUGGCAGCAGCUUCUCCUCCUCCUCCUUCCUCUCCACCUGAUCGCCAUGACUCCUCGUCCUCCUACUCCGGAAGAUGGGAGUACGAUGUUUUCUUGUGUUUCAGAGGCGGCGACACCCGACAUGGUUUUACAAGCCACCUCAUGGCUGCUCUCUCAGACAAGAAAAUCAAAGCCUUCAUCGACACCAUGCUCCGGAAGACAGAGUCCAUCGACGAGCUCCUCUCAGUCCUCCAAAGAUCCACCCUUUCGAUCGUGAUUUUCUCCGAGAAGUUCGCGGAUUCGCCCUGGUGCUUGGACGAGGUGGCCACGAUUGUCCAAAGCAUCGAGAUAUUCGGACACCGAGCGCUGCCGGUGUUCUACAAAGUUGGUUGGACCGACGUGGCAGGGGACUCUGGCCGUUACUCUGCCAUCAUCGAUGAAGAGCUUAAAGCGAGCUCUGAGGACAGCAAGAGAUGGAAGGAUGCUCUGAAAGCGGUGGCUAAUCGUGCUGGACGUACUUCCUCUGCGAUUCCAAUCGAAUCUGAAUUGAUUAAGGCGAUCGUGGAAGAUGUUCAGAAGCAACUGAUCGACAUGUCACCAAUCAUCAAGUCAGAAAACUUGGUUGGUAUGGGUUCCCGCAUUUUGGAGGUUGAGCAAUUGCUUGCCAUGGACGAACCAGAUGAAAUUCGCAUCAUUGGGAUAUGGGGAAUGGGUGGUUCAGGGAAAACAACUCUGGCCAAGGCUUGUUAUGAAAGGAUAGUUUCAUCAACGAAAGACAUCAACCAUCAUUUCAUCAGGAACAUCAACCAAAUUUGCGAAAACCAGCACGGGAUUGAUGGAAUAGUGCACGAGCUCUACUCAAAAGUAUUGUCCGAGAGUAAUCUAAGUCAUGAAGAUUUGGAUGUGCAUUAUAUAAGAGCACGCCUUUCUCGCUCGAAGGUGUUCCUUGUUCUUGAUAAUGUGGAGAGUCCACACCAAUUAGAGCAGCUACUUUCAGACGAUGUCUUCGAUCUCACCAGACUCUUUGCGGCCGGGAGCAGAAUCAUCGUGACAACAAGAAACAAAAAAGUGCUCCAAAAUGCGAGGGCAAAGGUGUAUGCCAUCAAGGGUUUGAAUGAUGAUGAAUCUAUGCAACUCUUUAGUUCCCGUGCAUUCAGGCAACAACAUCCCCCAUAUAAUUGGAUGCGCCUAUCACGUCUUGCAAUAUCACGCUGCAAGGGAAACCCCUUGGCACUUAGAGUUCUGGGGAGUGCUUUGUUCGACGAGGACGAAGAUUACUGGGAGAGUUUCUUAGGUGGGUUGAGGCUGAUUCGAAACCCUGAAAUUGGUGUUAUUUUCAGGAAAAGCUACGAUCAAAUGGGACCCGAUGAGAAGCGAGUGUUCUUGGAUGUUGCUUGCUUCCACCACGGAACGUCAAGAUCCAUAGUGAUACGCUACUUGGAAACCCUGUACCCAUCCGCUCUUGCUAAUGUGAAGGACCUGAUAGAUAAGUCUCUCCUAACUUGUGUUUCUGAAAAGGAUGGAGAGAAGAUUGAGGUGCAUGAUCUGCUCAAGGAAAUGGCUUGGAGUAUUGUGAACGAGGAACCAAAGCUCGGCAAACGCAGCAGGUUGGUGGAUCCUGAUGACAUCUACAAACUAUUGGCAACUACAGAGGUGGGAAGUUGGACAACAUGUUAUAUAUACUCCUUCCUCAAAGGCAUAGGGAUGAUGGUUCGGCCGAGAAGGAAAAGGAGGAAAGUCAUUGACAUGGAUGAGAAAGACAAUUGUCCAUUGGAGGGAUUGAGAACUACUCAAGGUAUCAGUUUGGAUCUAUAUAAAGCCAAAGAGAUGCGUCUGGAAGCCAAUGCCUUCAAAGGGAUGGAUUCUCUUACAUUUCUCAAAAUUUGGUGGCCGCUGGAACUUAGGUUUGAAGGCUAUACAAGCAAAAGAGUUAUACCGGAGAUAAAGAAAAUCCAUUUGCCAUACGAUGGGCUUGACUCACUUCCUGAUGGUUUGAGAUGGCUGCAGUGGGAUGGAUACCCCUCCAAAUCACUACCUUCUGGAAUUUAUCCCCAACAUCUCGUUCGUCUUAUUAUACGGUAUAGUCCAAUUAAAAGCUGUUGGGAAGGAUAUUGCCAACCAAAGCUGGCGAAUCUAAUGGUACUCGAUCUUUCAUAUUGCUCCAAUCUUACUGCUAUCCCUGAUCUCUCGGCCUCUUUACAAAUUGAAGAACUCCGACUUCCUGGAUGCACAAGCCUAGUUGAAGUACCCUCUCCUGUUCAAUAUCUGGACAGGCUAAUAACCCUUGAUCUUCAAUAUUGUGCAAACCUAGAGCGUCUUCCAUCAAAACUCAACUCAAAGGUCCUCAAGCAUGUUCGGAUAAACAGCUGUCCAAAGGUGAAGCACUGUCCGGAUAUUAAUUCAGAAGAGUUGAUGGAAUUGGAUUUAGAUGUGACACCUGUCAGGGAGUUACCUAGUGCAGUUUACAAUGUCAAGGAAGGUGGCCGCCUAUCUCUCUUUGGUGAAAACAUCACCGACUUCCCUGCAAUUUCUACUAGCUUGGGCCAGUUUCACUUGUCGAAUACUGCAAUGAAAGAGAUGAAUUCUUCUGAGGUACUGCCGAAAUUUGGUAAGCUAAGAUUGGAAGAUAACUCCCAACUCAAGAGCCUGCCAAAUAAUUUAUGGGACAUGGUCACGUCUGGUCUCUCUAUUUGGAGCAGCCCACUUCUUGAGAGUCUUCCUGAUAUCUCAGAGCCUGUGAAAGGUUUAUCCAAUCUUUUGAUACUGCGGUGUGGAAGUCUCAAAAGCCUCCCAUCUAGCAUCAACAAUUUAGUAUCUCUAAAGUAUCUCUGUCUGAGAAACAUCGGCAUUGAGUCAUUGCCUUCAUCUAUCCAGGAUUUGGGCCACCUUGUGUCAAUAGAUAUGAGCAACUGCAAAAGCCUUCAGAGUAUCCCGAUCAAUAUCCAUAAACUGCCCAAGCUACAAAGAUUGAACUUGUACGGAUGUGGAAGUAUUCCAUCUUUGUCGGAGCUUCCAUCAAGUCUCUAUGAGUUGCAUGUCGGUGGCUGCAAGUCCUUACAAGCUCUACCAAGCAACACCACCAAGCUUAGUUGGAGACGCCUCGCGUUUAACGAUUGUCCCAAAUUAGACAAGACAAUUCCUGAUGAAAUCCUAGCAAAUUACACAGUCUAUGCACCAUCAUCUGAACGUCAAAAGAGCUUCCAUCUUCAGUAUUCAGGGAGUGGGAUUCCGGAAUGGUUCACCUACAGAAGUGAGAAGGACAAGGAUAGUUCGUGUUUGACGGUGCAAUUGCCUCCUGCUAACUGCACUAGUAGUAAGCAACUAAUCAGAGGGAUUGCAUUUGGUGUGGUGUUUUCGCCUCCAAAUGUUUGGAUUGGUAUGAAUUGUGACUGUGUCAUUGGCACCACUACUGUUGCCUCUUGGAAAUCUUAUGAUGUGUGGGAUAUCACGAUGUCGUCAACAGACCAAGUGUUGCUGUGGUUCGAAUCAGGUGAGACAGAGCCCAUGGAAAGAGAAGGAGAAGCAUGGUAUGUGAAAUAUGCAGGCCACACUGUUUCAUUCCAGUUCUACGCUGUUGGAAGAGAUCGCGAGCAAUUGAAGAAGUUGAAAAUCAAAAGAUGCGGGGUCUCUCUACAGUACUCAGUUUGAUUGAUGAACAAAAAAGAAACAGAUGGCAAGGUAUCCUUUCCGUUUGGCUGAAUCUCUAUACGUUUACUUAUUAAUGUUACUUUCCAAAAGGCUAGGUAGAUUAAAAUUUUGCCCCAUAUCAAUACUUGUUAACUCGUUCUGAUGAGUUCAAGCAUGGAGUUAUUAUGUGCAAUAACUCUUUUUUUUUUUUUGGAUUUUUGGAUUCUCCUCGUGUGAUUCCAAGGCUGAAAUGCAUGUACAGUAAAGAGAAAUUAGGAAAAUUUAAGAAAAAAAGAAAACUUAU